UUGGAAUGAAGCAAGCUGGUUUGCACUAACCGAGGAUCUUUUCUCUCCCUCCUCACGCAGAACAUGGGUUUCAGCAGAUCCCCACCACGCAACUGGAAGGGAAUUGGGAUCGCAAUGUUGGUAGUGGCGAUGCUGGCGUCGGUCAUCAUUGUGGCUAUCCUGAUGCUCACUCCAGAAGACCCCCCAAUUGGCUUCCGCACUCCUCUGACUCUUGAUGACCUGGAGAGUGAUGAUUUCCAACUCCACCAACCCCAGCUACAUUGGGUGACAGAUGAUGAGUUGGUGGAGCUAAGCGACACAGGGACCAUGAUGAAGUGGCACAUUGGCCAAAAGAACAGCACCCUCUUGGUGGAGGACAGAGAUCUGCAUUUCUUGAAAGCCUCCCGCUUCCAAGUGUCACCGGAUUUGCAGUUCCUGCUUUUGGCUUGCGAUGUGCAGCAGGUUUUUCGCUACUCUUUCACAGCUCGCUACUUGAUCUAUAACUUGGGCACCAGGGAGACCAGCAACCUCGAUGUGCCCAAGGCAGAUACUGUGCGUCUGCAAUAUGCAGCCUGGGGAGCCAAGGAUAACCAGCUGGUGUUCAUCCUGGAUAACGACAUUUAUUAUCAGCCUGGAGUCUCCAGCCGGGCCAAGCGCAUCACCACAUCUGGGCACCAAGCAGUUGUCUUCAAUGGGAUUGCUGACUGGCUAUAUGAAGAGGAGAUCCUGCAGGCUGCCAGCACCCACUGGUGUUCACCUGAUAGCAUGUGGCUAGCCUAUCUUUCCAUCAACAAUUCCCUGGUGCCAAAGAUGGAGCUGCCCCAGUUUCUUGGAGGAAAAUACCCUGCCAGCCAACACUAUCCCUAUCCUAAGGCCGGACAGCCCAUCCCUUCAGUUCAACUCUUUGUGGUGAACCUAUCUGGAGUGCUUCACCUGCUGGAGCUCCUACCUCCGGAAUCCUUCCAGGGCAGGGAAUAUUACAUCACCAUGGUAAAAUGGGUGGGGCACUCCCGGUUGGCUGUGCGAUGGUUAAAUAGGCCGCAGAACAUGUCCGUGCUGAGUCUGUGUGAAGCUGCCACAGGGGCCUGCACUGAGAGAUACAAAGUGACAUCAGAUUUCUGGGUCGACAUGCAGCAAGGAAUGCCUAUCUUUUCUGAAGAUGCCGAGACACUUUUUCUGCCGGUGCCUGUGAAGCAGGGGCCUCGUGGAGAAUUCCACCAUGUCACCAUGCUUUCCACGCAGCCCAGUCGCAAGGAGAGCAGCGUGCGCCUCCUGACCUCUGGGAUCUGGGACGUCACCAGGAUCCUGGCCUAUGAUGAGAACAGCAAACGGCUAUAUUUCCUGAGUUCUGAAGACAGGCUCAGCUCUAAACAUUUGUACAGCGUUGAACUUGACAGCUCCUUCAACCGUACCUGUGUGACCUGUGGCCUGCGCCCCGGCUGCUCCUUUGUAGAUGUCCGUUUCAGCCCCAGGAUGGGGCAUUUUAUAUUGUUCUGCAAAGGGCCUGGAGUCCCUCAAGUCUCUGUUCACCGCACAGCUAACCCCCGUGACUUCCUUCUCCUGGAAGAGAACCGCCUUUUGCAAGAUGCCCUUAUGCAUAGAGAGAUGCCGUUGGUGGAAUUCAGGUUGUAUCGACUUGCUAGCUACGACCUGUCUGUUCGUGUGACCUUGCCGCCGCCACACCAGUGUGCCUUCUGUCCAUUGCUACUGCUGCUUCCAGAAUCCCCAGGAGGCCAGCUGGCCACUGAGGAAUUCCACCUUGAUUGGGACACUGUCCUGUCUAGCUCUUUGGGUGCUGUGGUGGUCCAAUUUGAUGCCCGGGGAUCUAGAAACCAAGGACUCAAGCUGCUGCAUGAAGUCAGCCGCCAGCUGGGCUCCUUGGACGUCAAGGACCAUGUAGCUCUCAUGCGGUGGCUGCUGCAGCUUCCCUACGUGGAUCGCAGGCGCACAGCUGUCUAUGGGAAGGCCUAUGGAGGCUUUUUAGCACUGAAGCUCAUGGCAGCAGCGAAAGACCUCUUUAAAUGCGGAACUGGUGUGGCACCCAUUACUAGCUUCCGUUUCCACGCCGCCACCUUCUCUGAACGCUACCUGGGGAUGCCUGCCAGGGAGGAUGCUGCCUACACGAUGGCCUCUGUGUUGGAGGAAGCGCCCCGCCUCAAGGACAGAAAUGUCCUCCUUGCCCACGGAACUGGAGAUGCCACAGUGCAUUUCCAACAUACAGCUGAACUUCUUAUCCGGCUUCUGGCUGUGGAGUCUAACUACACUACCCAGAUCUACCCAGAUGAAGGCCACACAUUCGAGUCUAGCCAGCGCCACCUCAGCCAGAGCCUCUUCUCCUUCUUUCAGGACUGCUUUGAGGAUACGAAGCAUGCACAUCUGUUAUCUGAGGAAGACGAGGACCCGUCCAUCGAGCAGCAGUUGGAUAGAGCCCCAGCGACCCUUGACCCUUGCAGCUAUUCAGGCAGCCAGACCUUCGAGCACCAGGAGCAACAACACCUGGCCUUCCCAAUCACCUGA